UCGGUUCAGCAGUGCAGAACUACAACUGGACUUUCUUGAAGUCUUCUCUCAGCACGAUGUCUGCUACAGUAGUGACUGAUGAUGCUCCAGCAGAGGGAGCAGAAGACCAAAACCAGAAGGUCCUGAAAGGCAACACCAAACCUCUGCAUCGCUUUCUCAGAGGACAACCCAAGUGUGUGGGGGUUGCUAUGGUAACUCUGGGUAUAUCCAUCUUUUUCUUGGGAGUUCCUGUAUGGCGAGCCACCAAAUACUCGGGUGAUUCCUUCCACUCAUUUGUGCUGGGAGUUUUGUUCAUUGCCUCUGGCAUCCUAUUUAUAUUAACAGAACUGAAUAUCACAAAACAACUUGUUACUGCUGGAUUUGGUUUAAGUAUUGUCUCCAUAUGUGGAGUUGGAGUAGGUUGCUGCAUAUGGAUGGAUCAAAUUAUCAACUUUCUUAUGGAAGAUUACGGUGAUACAGAUGAUAAUGUGACAGAUCAUAUAGCUAUAAAACAAUAUUGGGACCAGUUCACUGCGGUGCAAUGUUUGGCCAUGUUACAAAGUCUUUUGGGUGGAGCUAUUCUCAUAGCCAUGGCAUGGUUUGCAAGAGCUGCAUUACGAUCCAGUAACACUAACGCAAUUGUUGUGAUGCAGACCCGUCCACCAGCUGAGUGACACAACAACCUCUAAGCAACUGUGUUCAUACACUUGUCUAAUCAAGAAUGUCCACAACUUCAGGAAAUGUUUACAACUUGUUUUUAUUCAUACAUAAUGUAUCAAUAUGUUUCAUAUAUUAUUUCACUUUAAUAAAACAGA